AUCCUCUCUCUAACCAUUCUCUGUGUGCUGCGGAAAAUGUCCCAGAAUUAUAACCUCCUACUUCUGUUUUUCUGCUUUUCCUUUCUAAGUCAUUUAGAAAUGACUCACUUUGAAACUCUUCCUGUGAAGUCAGAUAGUGGUCUAGAGCAUAAGGCUUAAUUUGUUGCCAGAAACAGAGAAGGAAAGAAGGAGAGAAUGCUCAGCAAAUUUUGUCAUACUUCAUGACUUCAUUGUGGCUAAGUUUGGGGACCAGACAGGACUCAUGGGAACAUCCAGGUGCUGAAGCCUUCAGCUACUGUCUCAGCUUUUUGAGUCUCACUCUGUUGCCCAGGCUGGAGUACAGUGGCACAGCCUUGGCUCACUGCAACCUCCAACUCCCAGGUUGAAGUGAUUCUCCUGCCUCAGCCUCCUGAGUAGCUGUGAUUACAGAUGGAGCCUCACCCUAUAGCCCAGGCUGGAGUGUAGCGGUGCAAUCUUGGCUCACUGCAAACUCUGCCUCCCAGGUUCAAGUGAUUCUCCUGCCUCAGCCUCCCAGGUAGCUGGGACUACAGAAGUUUACCAAUGGAGUCUUUCUCUGCUGAGAUCAAUUCAACUGACCUACUCUUACAGCCAUGGAAUAAGCCCCCAGAAAUUCUCUCCAUGGUCAUUCUCAGCCUCACUUUUUUAUUGGGAUUGCCAGGCAAUGGGCUGGUGCUGUGGGUGGCUGGCCUGAAGAUGAAACGAACAGUGAACACAGUUUGGUUCCUCCACCUCACCCUGGCGGACCUUCUCUGCUGCCUCUCCUUGCCCUUCUCACUGGUUCACUUGGCUCUCCAGGGAAAGUGGCCAUACGGCAGCUUCCUAUGCAAGCUCAUCCCCUCCAUCAUUGUCCUCAACAUGUUUGCCAGUGUCUUCCUGCUUACUGCCAUUAGCUUGGACCGCUGUCUUGUGGUAUUCAAGCCAAUCUGGUGUCAGAAUCAUCGCAGUGUAGGGACAGCCUUCACUAUCUGUGGAUGUAUCUGGAUGGUGGCUUUUGUGAUGUGCAUACCCGUGUUCAUGUACCGGGAAAUAUUCACUAUAGACAACCAUAAUAUAUGUGGCUACAAAUUUGAUCCCUUUAACUCAUUCGAUUAUUCAGACUUUUAUGGAGAUCUACUAAAAAACAGGUCUUUUGAAAACAUGGUCCAACUGCCUGAAGAAAUGGAUGAUAGGUUAGAUCCUUCCUCUUUGCAAACAAAUGAUCAUCCUUGGACAGUCACCACUCUCCUCCAACCUCAAACAUUUCAAAGACCUUCUGCAGAUUCACUCCCUAGGGAUUCUGCUAGAUUAACUACUCAAAAUCCAUAUUCUCAUGUAUUUAAACCUGCUGAUGUGGUCUCACCUAAAAUCCGCAGUGGGUUUCCCAUUGAAGAUCACAAAACUAGCCCACCGAAUAACUCUGAUGGUUUUCUCUCUACUCAUUUAGAGCUGUUCCCUAGGGCUUCUAGCAAUUCCUUAUAUGAGUCUGAACUACCACAAGAUUUCCAGGAUUAUUACUAUUUAGGCCAAUUCACAUAUGACAAUCAAGGGCCAACACUCAUGGUGGCAAUAGUCAUCACUAGGCUAGUGGUGGGUUUCCUGCUGCCUUCUGUUAUCAUGGUAACCUGUUACAGCUUAAUUGUUUUCCGAAUGCAAAGGGGCCGCUUCGCCAAGUCUCAGGGCAAAACCUUUCGAGUGGCUGUGGUGGUGGUCACUGUCUUUCUUGUCUGCUGGGCUCCAUACCACAUUAUAGGAGUCCUGUUAUUGUUCAUUCAACCAGAAACUCCCUUGGGGGGAGCUCUGAUGUCUUGGGACCAUGUGUCCAUUGCUCUAGCAUCUGCCAACAGUUGCUUUAAUCCCUUCCUUUAUGCCCUCCUGGGGAAAGAUUUUAGGAAGAAAGCAAGGCAGUCCAUUCAGGGCAUUCUGGAGGCAGCCUUCAGUGAGGAGCUCACACAUUCUACCCACUGUUCCUUAAACAAUGUCGCUUCAGAAAGAAAUAGUAUUAGCACAACUGUGUGAAAAUAUGGAGCAGUCAGCAAGCAGGGGCUCUUAGGUAUGAAUAUUUCUAAAAGGAUGAAGUGAUAGGAUGAAGAAGGGACUUCAGAAACUGUCAAAGAAUCAACCCAGUGGUUCUUUUUUUUUUUUUGAGACAGAGUUUUACUCUUGUUACCCAGGCUGGAGUGCGAUGGCACGAUCUCGGCUCACCGCAACCUCCGCCUCCUGGGUUCAAGCUAUUCUCCUGUCUCAGCUUCCCGACUAGCUGGGACUACCGGCACGCACUACCAUGCCCAGCUAAUUUUUUUGUAGAGACGGGUUUCACCAUGUUGACCAGAAUGGUCUCGAUCUCUUGACUUUGUGACCCACCCGCCUCAGCCUCCCAAAGUGCUGGGAUUAUAGGCGUGAGCCACCGCACCCGGCCAAUCCAAUGAUUCUUAAAGGGUGGCCACAAACUAUUGGCAUCAGUAUCCCCUAGAAAUUUGUUAGUAAUGCAAAUUCCCAAACCCCACCCCAGACUUGCUGAAUUGGAAUCUCUGGGGGUUGGGGCCCAGCAGGUGCAUUUAACAAACCCUCUUGUUUCUCAUUAAUGCUAAAUGUAAGAAUCAUUGUAAAAAUGAGUUCUAUUUCUAUCCCAAACUGAGCUAUGAAUAAGAGAAUUUACUGUUUUUAAAUGUUUGAUGUUAACUGUUUAUUGAUGUUUCCAUCAUUAAAUUUUUCCUAAGCAUUG